CACGUCUCGAAAUCAGUCGCCAUGGCCAAGUCAAAGAACUCGUCCCAGCACAACCAGUCGAAGAAGAACCACAGGAACGGGUACGCAAACUCCAUACCGCGAGCGCACAUGAACCGACAUCGAUCGCACCCGCUCCAAGCAUACACCGCUGCGCACAGUGGAUGAGGGGUAGCACGCUGACGUGAUGGACUGCAGUAUCAAGAAGCCCAAGACUCACCGUUACCCUUCGCUCAAGGGCACCGACCCCAAGUUCCGCCGCAACCAUAGGCAUGCUCUGCACGGCACCAUGCGUGCCCUGGUGCGUCUCACCAACAGCUCCCAGAUCGAGACGGACAUGGCCAGCUAACCCCUACACAGAAGGAGGUCAAGGAGGGCAAGCGCGAUGCUGCUUAAGCGACGAACGAUCACGAACGAGCGAGACACAGGGCGG